UGCGAGAAAGCGUUCUCUACACCGUAUCGACUUAAAGCUCAUAAUCGGGCUCAUACAGGCGAUACGUUCAAGUGCGAACAAACUGGAUGUACUAAGGCGUUUAUUACACCAAGUGAUUUACAGAAACACUGUAGAACUCAUACUGGAGAAAAACCGUACAGAUGUAAAUUUGAAGGAUGUGGUCGGAGUUAUACUACCGCCCAUCACUUAAAGGUUCACGAAAGGUCCCAUACCGGAGAUAAACCAUAUAAGUGUACAUAUAACGGGUGCCACAAAGCUUUUGCAACGGGAUAUGGCCUAAAAUCACAUAUUCGCACUCACACCGGCGAAAAGCCAUAUAAAUGUACAUUCAAAUCCUGUGAGAAAGCUUUCAAGACAUCUGGAGAUUUAUCUAAGCAUAUGCGAAUACAUUCAGGUGAAAGGCCAUUUAAAUGUCCUUUUGAGGGAUGCGGUCGAAGUUUUACCACUUCUAAUAUCAGAAAGGUACAUAUGCGAACCCAUACAGGAGAGAGGCCAUAUAUAUGUCAAGUGCAAGGUUGUAAUCGAGCGUUCGCAAGUGCUACUAACUUUAAAAACCAUAUGAGAAUUCAUACAGGUGAACGUCCAUACUGUUGUACCUACCCUGGAUGUUGCAAACGCUUCACUGAAUAUUCUAGCUUGUAUAAACAUCACGUUGUUCAUACACAUUCCAAGCCGUAUACAUGCAAAUUUUGCAACAAAACAUAUCGUCAGACGUCCACACUAGCCAUGCAUAAACGC